AUGAAAAAGUUAGAUUUAAAAUCUUCAGGUGUAUUUGCAACGGUUUACUUCGAUAUUUCAAUAGGCAAUUAGCCUUAGGGUAGAAUUGAGUUUGAGUUAUCUAGUGAAACACCACUGACAUCUGAAAAUUUUAGGGCUCUCUGUACCGGUGAGAAAGGCCCCUGUGUGACAACUCCUCUAAAAUAAUUAUGGUAUAAAAAUACUAUCAUCCAUAGUGUAAUACCAGGCUUUAUAAUCCAUGGAGGUGAUAUCAUCAAGGCAAAUGGAUCAGGUGGUGAAUCAAUUUAUGGAGCUAAAUUUAAUGAUGAGAAUUUCUCUCAUUCACAUUCACAAGCUGGAGUUCUGUCAAUGUCUAAUAUUGGACCAAACACAAACAAUAGCUAGUUCUUUAUUACCCUUGAUGAUUAUCCACAUUUAGAUGAUUAGUAUGUUGCGUUCGGUUAAGUUGUGAAGGGACUUGACUUUUUGAAAAUUAUAAAUAAAUAUGGCUCAGUUAAGGGAACUCCAAGAGCUAAUAUUACAAUCACUGAUUGCGGCUAGAUAGGAUAUUGA